AUGGGGACGUGGUUGCGGUACUUUCUGGUCGGUGUUGGCGCGCGCGUGGACGUCGACGUGCGCGAUGACCAUGGCUGCACAGCGCUGGCACUCGCCGCCAAAAACGGCCACGCCGUUGCAGUAGCGUGGCUGCUCGCCCGUGGCGCCAAUCGUAACCUGGUGGACCUCGACCAAGCUAUGCCGUUGUGGUACGCGGCCCGGCACGGCCAUACAGCCGUCGUGCGCCUGUUGUUGGCGAGUGGGCGGCUGUCGGACUUGAACCCCAGUGUAGAAGGCCAGACCCCUCUCUCCAUCGCUCUCAAGCAUGGUCACCGGAAAACCGCCAAGCUUCUGGCGCACGCAGGGGGUAUUGAUCCAUUCGUGAAGUUGAGGGAACGGGGAGGCCCAUCUACUGCUAUCAGUGUAGUGGGCUUGGCAAUUCGCAACGGAUACGAAGACGUGGCCCUGGCCCUGCUCAACAAAUGUGACCCGGGGCGGGAUUCUAGCCAUGGCAGUUCCGACAACAACGCGGCCAAGGAUGCCGUUGAGCCUGCCUCGAAGCUGCUAGGUUUCGCCGCAAGCGGAGGGUGCUGCAGAAUCGUCCGGGACCUUCCAGCCAAGCACGGCGCUGACGUUAACGCGCUCUAUACAUACACUGAAGAGAGAGAUACAUCCUACAACUAUGAUACAUUCUACCAACGUAGCCCGCUCAUGGAGGCGGCUAGGCGUGGUAACGCGAAUGUCGUCCGCUUGUUGCUGGACACAGAAGGCAUUCAGCCGGACUUGAAAGGAGAUCAUCGUGAGCUCACGGCAUUUAGCCUGGCGGCCGAGGGGGGGUUUGUUGAGGUGGCCAAGAUGCUGGUAGCGGACGUAAGGGUAAAUCCUGACCAGACGGACAAGAAUGGGCGCACUGCUCUGUCAUACGCAGCGGAGCGUGCUCACGAGACCGUUGUGGCCGAGCUGCUGGUAACCGGAGCGGUCAACCCGGACAGCCCAGACGACGGGGGCCGAACACCGCUCAUGUGGGCCGUGGAUCCGGAAGACGGAUAUCGCCCCAAGGGGUGGCAACCCUACGAGGGCGUAGUGCGCCACCUGAUCGCUAGCGGUCGGGUUAAUCCUAACUCCAGGGACAGCCUCGGUUAUACACCACUAUCCCUCGCGGCCCGUAAUGGGAGUCUGGGACUCGUCGAGGCUAUUCUGCAGCACCCGGAGGCGGACCCCGAGAGUGGACACCAGAGAACGCCGCUAGUUCAAGCAGCCGAACGGGGAUAUGCGGACGUGGUGCGGGUAUUGUUGGAUACAAGACGAGUCGACGUCAACGCCAUCAGCGUAGACCAUCGCCAUGCCGAAGAAGGAACGGCGCUGCAAUGCGCAGCCAGUCGGGGACAGGGCCGGACAGCUCUUUCUCUUGCUGCGGAAGCUAGUGAAGUGGAGCACGUUAACUCCCUCCUCGCAGUAGACGGCAUCAACCCGGAUAGGACCGAUCGCCGUAAAGAAGUGCUGCGGCGGCUACUUCGCGUUCCGGCCGUCGACCCCAACGCGGAGGAUGCCGAGGGGUUGACUCCGCUGCUUCGGGCAUUCCGAUUUCACAACAGCAGGGAAUUUGUCGAGCUUCUCCUCGCGAGGGCAGACCUUGACGUGAACCGGCGAGGGCGGAAUGGCCUCAGCCCCUUGGCUCUCGCAACCAAAAAAAGGCGACCCACUAAGCUGUCAUGGUCGCUACAGCAGAAGCUACAUUCAGAAAUUGCCAGAGAGUACCGCCUACCGUUGGGCGCGCAGCAGGAAUACGUUGGUGAGCGGGUAGCGGAAAGCAUGGCAAGCUUAUGCUCGGUGUGCGCGGCGAUCGACCUUGGUGCCGCAUUUUCGAGCCGUCAUACCAAGCACAGAGGACGCGUAAUCGCCAAAUUGGGCAGGGUUGAUGAGAGCUGGGAGGUGAGGACGUGUCCGCUGUGUCGUCUAGUUGUUGCAGUACGCCCUCGCGCUGGCGCCGAAGGGGGCCACAGCCUCGUGAGCUUCUCGACCACACAAUCCUGGCUUCGCCACGGAGAGUUGCUUUGCUGGCAUAUGUGGUUCAGGGAACCUUGGGUCGAUACGAUGGUUCUCGCUGUCGUGGCAGCGGACUCGAUGGAUAGCGAAGGGGACGACUUCCUUUCCCUACAAGUCCGCUCGGGUCGUCAGAGCCGCGACAAGCUUGGUAUUGAGAUUGUCGACGGAGUCCUAUCAGCCGGGUUUAUCGCACGCCUUGGGAGCAAUUGCCCAGAUAAGACCAAUGCUGUGACCAUCCCACGUCUGGCUGUCGGUGAAAGCGACUUGGGCGUAGCUAGGGGCUGGAUCUCGUGCUGUCGUCAGAACCACUCGCAGCUGUGCAACCCGCACAAACUUGCCACUGUGCCUCACUUCCGCCUCAUCGAGUGUGCCACGCGGCGCAUCAUCGAAGGGAAUAAUUACAAAUCGGGUAGCCCGCGUUAUUAUGACGAGGGCAGCGGUAAUGUUGAGGCUGUCAUUGAAGAUGCUAUCCGCGUGACGCUCGAGCUUGGCUAUGCGUACUUAUGGUGCGUCGGCAGGCCUGCCCGGCGCACCCAGCUACCCGGCGCGCUUGUCCAAGGCCACGAACUUGUGCGCAUCCCUCCAGACCCAACACACUACAUCCGCUUGAGCUCAACUUGGGUUACGCGGGGAUGGACUUACCAGGAGGGACUGCUCGCACGCCGCCGCCUCUAUUUCUCAGAGUAUGAGAUUUCUUAUGAGUGCCGUGAUAUGCUCUGCCGCGAAGCGCUCCGCUUGCCGCCCACCGUGGAACAAGGAAUGUCUGGGUAUAAGCCGCGCCUUAUGGAGCCACUUUGGAUGUACAAGCCGUAUAUAGUGGCCGGGAUGGCCUCUGACGAUGACGGCACCGGUCUCUUCGGCCUUUUGGCGGAGUAUACGGCACGACAGCUAUCCCUGCCAUCCGACGCUCUCAACGCGAUGCUCGGCAUCCUGCAGCUGCUUGCCGAGCAAAGAAACACGCCCGUGUACCAUGUGUGCGGAGUGCCCGUUCUACAUAUCACUGAUAGCAAGCCUAACAGUAAUGGCAAGAGUACUGUCCCUGCCUGUCUCGCUCUCGAUGGCUUUAUCAAUGGGCUCUGCUGGCGUCUCCAGAAGCCAGCCCACAGGCGAUCCGGUUUUCCAAGCUGGUCGUGGACUGGCUGGCACGGUGUAGUCGAGAGUAAGCCCUUCCACUUCUGGGGCCGGCCUCCUAUCCGCCAUGCUUAUGGCUUUAACGUGGAUGUGUCCAUCAUACCUCGGGACCAAGGCCCCGGUGCGGUGCCUUGGAGCCGCUACUAUAACCAGUUGAGCACGGCUGCUGACAGCAGCAGGGAUCUCUUGUCUGCUCAGUACCACGCCCUCGAGAUCACGGCGAGCGCAGCAAAAGUCCAACUUCGCAAGCCCAAGGGUACGUAUCUCGAGCCCGGCGAGUGGACGGGCACGGUUUGCGCCGGCGACGGCGUUUGGCAGGGCGAGUUUUCACUCACUCAGAAAGACUAUGACAACGCCGGCGCUAGAUACAAGAAAGCCGGCUUUUCGCGAUCGGCGUUACUGCAGAAGCUGUGGACAGGCAUCGUACUAGGAAAUUCGGAUGCGUCACUUGACAAGCACGAUACCUACAUACUCGUCGUCCAGAAACAACAACAGAAGUCAACGACUUAUAAACAAACAUACUGGGAGCGUGUCGGCCUGCUGAAGCUCCGAGAUUGCGCUCUCAAGGACGGCAUGUUAGAACGGUCGACGUGGCGACUUGCGUAG